CAGCCACCCUCAGCGACGGCUGCGCCCUGAGGAGAAGCCGGGGGCGGAGGCGGAGAGAUGGCGCUGGGAUGAAAGCAGCCCACACUACACCUUGCGUAUCGUUGACCGAACAUGCGAGGUGCUGUGGCCGCGGAGGAGGAACCUGUAGAGGUCACCAUUUCUCCACCGAGGCAUCCCCACCCUGCGCCAGAGCCUGCUGCCGGGCUUCCAGGCUUCCACUGAAACGCAUAGCCGGUGCUCUGAGAAAUAGAGAGUUGGGCAAAGUUCCUGUCCUGUGGAGCUUACAGUCAGAAAAAUCCUCUACACACAAAGAAGUCUGGCAGAAUAGCAGCUGAUCCGCAGUGGGAGCCCAAAGAGGGAAGGGACCACAACUAGAAAGACUUUCCAAAAAUGGCUGUAUGGUAUUUAGAAAUCUGGGUACCAGCUGCACUGUGCACAUUUUUGCAGAGGCUUCUGUUCAGUUAAGAAUGGGCUGUGGACUCAGGUUGCUUAAUCAAAGCAGUGGAUCAGAAGUAGACUGUUCAGUCUCCAGCAAAGCAGAUGAGAAGUGCAAUUGGUCUCAGCCAGAUCAACCAGAUACUCUUCGAUCUCCGAGUCCUCCAGUGAUCUUGCAGUGACACUAGAGAAGUCCUAAGCCCUGCCGCCCCUUACUUUUCAAGAUCUACUGAUCUCUCUUCAGUGAAAAUAACGAUGCAGACAUGUACCCAGCCUGUGGGUUUAUCCUGAGACUUCCCUUGUUCCAGAAACUUGGCCCAAGUUAGGAGGAAACCCCAGUACUGUCCCUUAAAAGUUGAAUUGCAUCAGUGUGGGUUUUAUUAAAAAUGCACAGUAAGAAGCAGACUCCAGUAAAAUACUAUGUUGGAAUUGAUGUUGGGUCAGCAAGCGUUCGCGCGGCUUUGGUAGAUGGGCUCGGGACAGUAGUGGCACAUGCAGAUCAGCCAAUCCAAAUUUGGGAGCCCCAACCAGACCACUACGAGCAAUCCUCUGCAGACAUAUGGGCUGCUUGUUGCUCAGUCACAAAGAAAGUUGUCUGUGGAGUAGAUGCUAGCCAGAUUCGAGGGGUUGGUUUUGAUGCUACGUGUUCCCUUGUUGUUGUGGAUAAACAGUUCCAACCUUUGGCAGUCAACUGUGAAGGACAAAACUAUAGGAAUGUUAUUAUGUGGAUGGACCAUCGUGCAGUCAGUCAAGUUGAGCGUAUCAAUGCAACGCAACACAGGGUUUUGAGCUAUGUAGGGGGCGUGAUGUCUGUGGAAAUGCAGCCACCUAAAUUGCUGUGGAUAAAGGAAAACUUGCAAGAAUCGUGCUGGGAGAAGGCAGGCUACUUCUUUGAUCUUCCGGAUUUCUUAUCUUGGAAAGCCACAGGUGUCACUGCGAGGUCACUCUGUACAGUAGUGUGCAAGUGGACAUACACUUCAGAUGGAGGUUGGGAUGACAGUUUCUGGAAAAUGAUUGGUUUGGAAGAUCUGGUGAAGGAUAAGUAUGAAAAAAUAGGAAACCACGUCUUGUCUCCUGGAGAGUCUGUUGGAAAAGGUCUAACGCCAGAAGCUGCAAAAGAUCUCGGUCUCCCUGAAGGAAUUGCAGUAGCAGCAUCUCUCAUUGAUGCACAUGCUGGAGGACUAGGAGUAAUUGGAGCAGAUGUGAAAGGAUAUAACCUGCCAUGUGAGAACCAGCCAAUUACAUCCCGAGUUGCUAUGAUCUGUGGAACAUCUUCAUGCCACAUGGGGGUCAGUGAAACACCCAUUUUUGUGCCUGGUGUUUGGGGACCUUAUUUCUCUGCAAUGGUACCUGGAUUGUGGUUGAAUGAGGGAGGUCAAAGUGCUACAGGAAAGCUGAUAGAUCACGUGGUCCGAGGCCAUGUCGCCUUCCCGGAAUUACAGUCAAAAGCUGCAGCCAGUGCUCACAGUAUAUAUACAUACUUGAACAGUCACCUGGAUCUGAUUAAGAAAUCUUUGCCUGUGGGUUUCCUCACUGUUGAUUUACAUGUUUGGCCAGAUUUCCAUGGUAACAGAUCUCCCUUAACAGAUCUGACACUAAAGGGCAUGGUUGUUGGACUAACAUUGUCUCGGGGUCUGGAUGAACUUGCCCUUAUCUACUUGGCCACGAUUCAAGCCAUUGCUUUAGGAACAAGACAUAUUUUGGAAAGUAUGCAGACUGCAGGGCACCAUAUCAACACGCUGUUUCUGUGUGGUGGGCUGAGCAAGAACCCUCUCUUUGUGCAGAUGCAUGCUGAUAUUACCGGCAAGCCUGUUGUCCUGUCCAAAGAAGUGGAGUCUGUUUUGGUGGGUGCUGCUAUUCUUGGAGCUUGUGCUUCUGGGGAUUUUGCAUCUAUACAGGAGGCCAUGGCGAAAAUGGGGAAAGUUGGGAGAGUCGUGCAGCCUAACCAAGAGCAUAAAAGAUUUUACGACAAGAAAUACGAAGUAUUUUUGAAACUUGUGGAACAUCAGCGAGAGUAUCGCUCCAUCAUGAACAGUUUCUAAUCCAGAGUCACCUCAUCUGGGAACAGCAGGGAUAACGAAUUUCCAAAUAUUUAUGAGGAGGGUACUUUUACUGUACUGUUGAUGGCAAAAAUAUGAUUUUAUAAUUUAAAAUGUACAUUUUAAUUUUUAAUGAGAAAUAAACCACAUUCACUUCACU